AUGUCUUCCAAUCUAUCAAUUCUUGGAAGCGUCGAUAAGCCUUUCAAUUUUGCUUACAUAUUCUAUCUCUAUAUAUCUGUUGCAUGGAUUAUGGCCAUAGUGGUGACAGUAAAUGAAGAAGAAAUUUAUGGGAUGAAAGCAAUGGGAAAACCAGCAAAAAUUGUUAAGGGAAACAGAGUAAAUGGUUUCGUUUUGAACAUUUUGUUGAAUCUAGUAUCUUUGGUUAUAUAUUUAGGUAAUUCUAAGAUGAUCGAAGGUAAUAAAUGGGUUUCUGGGUCAAACAUUUUCCGGACUAUUUCUGGUGAAUUUUUCUUGUUUGAUGAAGAUCUUAACAUUUGUGAUACACGCAGUGUUUUGCUUUCAGUAUAA